CACCGACCUUCUUCUUCAGUCUCUGAGAUAAGAUCGUUGCAGAUUUCAAAUUCCAAGUUACCUCCUCUUCUCUGCUCCCGCUCGUAUCCCAAAUUCCAAUUCUCUCUCUCAGCUGAAAGCUCUCUUCAUGUGUCUUUCUUGACGGGCGAUCUCAUUCGCUUGGUGUGCAAUUUCUUGGCCGGGCGACCUCAAUUUAGCAAGCGAUCUCAAUCUCUCAAUCGCAAGCUUGUUCUUUCUGAAGCACUCAACCCAUAUCAGCUUCGCAGUGGCUGCUGUUGCAAUGGGUAAGAGGAAAAUUCCAAUUGAAAAGAUUGAUGACAAGAAAAAGGUGAAUGUGACCUUUUCAAAGAGGCGUAAGGGUCUCUUUGGCAAAGCUUUGAACACCAGUGGCCUUUGCAAUGCCAAGAUUGCCAUGGUUGUCUUCUCCCCUGCAGGAAACCCUUACACUUUCGUCACCCCGACCUCCUCUGUUGAUGAUGUUAUUGAUCAAUACCUCAAUAACAUGCCCUUCAAAGAAAUCACAGAGGUUGAAUGGGAAGGAAAAAAGGACAGGGAACAGUUGAAUCAAUGUUCUUGUGAGGGAAAGAAGGUGGGUUUCUGGUGGGAUUUGGUUGAUGUUGAUAAAUACAGAUCUUUGGAGGAGUUGCAGAUUUUGAGAAGCUCUUUGGAGAGUCUAAGGGAAAGUGUAUGCCAGAAGUUGGAUAAUGCUCAUGCUGAACAGUUGCUAGGGGUUGAGGAUGAGAACAGGGAUGUUGCAGCCUCUGAUUUUCUUACUGGCUUGUCAUCUUGUCCUUUGUAUUCUACUGAUGAAAGCAAGGAUGAUGCAGCCUCUGAUUUUGUUACUGACCUAUCAUCUUGUCUUUUGUCUUCUGCUGAUGAGGAUGCUGGUACUGUUUUUUCCACUGUUGAUGAUGAAAGCUGUGUUGACUGGAUAGUUUCAGAUGACAGUGAAGGUCUCUUUGAUCAUAUUUUUUAUGAUAAUAGUGAUAGUGCCACAAUUUCUGACUUCAUCAGUGAUAAAGCUACUUAUCCUAUGUCUGGUGCUGAUGAAGAUGAUUGGAUAGUUGCAGAUAACAAUGAAGCUUUCUUUGAUCAUCUUUUUGAUGAUAAUAGUGCUGGUGCCUCAACUUCUGACUUCAUCAGUGGUAAAACUGCUUAUCCUAUGUCUGGUGCUGAUGAAGAUGAUUGUAUAGUUGCAGAUGACAGUGCAGAUUUCUUUGAUCAUCUUUUUGAUGAUAAUAGUGCUGGUGCCAUUAUUUCUGACUUCAUCAGUGACAAAGCUACUUAUCCUAUGUCUGGUGUUGAUGGAGAUGCUAUCAAGGGUCUUUCCACCAAUAAUGAUAAACGCUACAGCAAUGUGACAGUUCUAGACAACAGUUCAUAUUUCUUUAAGCAGAUUUUGUCGUUUUGGUCCUAGCUUUUGCAAUUAUUAGACCCAACUUUAUUAUCUGGUUUAAGGUUCUUCUCUUGGAAGGGACGUUUGAUUAUUUGGUUACUAGAUUGUUUUUCUUGAAUGGUUGCAUUUCCAGCCGUGCUCUGCCUUUCACCACCCAAUUGGGUAUUUGUAUCUACAUUAGUUCUAAUACCUCUCCUAUAAGCUUCUGCAUUGUUUGAAGCUAUAAGUGUGGUCUUGUCUAUAGUAACCCACAAAAUAGGUUUAGGAAUACAAAUCUAACCUUUUGUUCUAAUUUUUUCCUCCGCUCUUCCCUUGUGACAGAAAGGAAAUGUGUUUUAUAGGGAAACGUUUUUAGUGUAUGCCUUGGGAAAUAACAAUACCAUUUAUUCUCUAAAAUUUUCUCUCCUCUUUGGUA